GAGCUUAUCUAAAUCGUUUGAACCCCGAAUUUUUAUCCUAACUUAAACCACUUCCAUAGAUAUUUCUCUCUCUCUCUCUCAAAAUCUCUACAUUAACAUGUAUGCUUAUGUUUUGCUAGCAUCUACUAUUUCCGCCCCGUAAAACCCUAGUUCCUUUCUCUCUGAAUCGGGGUGGGGGGGGUCAUUGUUUUGGAAAUUUAGGGCUUGGAAGCAGAAGGGUGUGAUGGUUGAGAGUGAGAAUGGAGGCAAGUGGUGAAGUAGUAAAUUGUUUGGAGAAUGGGAGCUCGGGCGAGGGGCGGCCUCCCAACCCUCUUGCCGCCGCCUACCGCCAGUGUUUCAGCGGUCCACGUGUCGCCGCCGCUGUGGCGCCGUGUAAGAAGAAGUCCCUGGUUCGGCACGCAUCUCUGUCAAAUACGGCAAGCAUUUCUAUUGAGCCAAGACUGAACAUAGAAGAUCGUGCAACUGAUUACGUUCCUAUACUUCGCUCUGGUGCAUGGGGGGACAUUGGAUUUCGCUCAAGCAUGGAGGAUGCCUAUGUUUGUGUGGAUGAUUUUAUACAUGAUUAUGGGCUCAAGAAUGUUAGUGAUGGGCCCAAUGCCUUCUAUGGGGUUUUUGAUGGACAUGGAGGAAAGGAUGCAGCUAACUUUGCGUGCAACCAUUUGCCAAGAUUCAUAGUUGAGGAUGAAGACUUCCCAAUGGAAAUUGAGAGAGCUGUUGCUUCAGCCUUUCUACAAACGGACACUGCAUUUGCAGAAGCUUGCUUGUUGGAUGCCGCCCUUGCUUCUGGUACUACGGCAUUGGCAGCUCUUGUUGUUGGAAGUUCAUUGAUUGUAGCAAAUGCCGGAGAUUGCCGAGCAGUGCUCUGUCGCCGAGGCAAAGCAAUUGAGAUGUCGAGGGAUCACAAACCCGGUUGCUCCCAUGAACGGAAGCGCAUUGAAGCUUUGGGAGGAUACGUGUCCGACGGUUACCUCAACGGCCAACUCAAUGUCGCUCGUGCUUUAGGAGAUUGGCACAUGGAAGGACUAAAGGGCAGUAGAGGUGGUGGCCCGCUCAGUGCGGAGCCCGAACUUAAGACCACAAGAUUAACAGAAGAAGAUGAAUUUCUCAUCAUUGGAUGUGAUGGAAUCUGGGAUGUGUUUAUGAGCCAAAACGCGGUGGAUUUUGCACGAAGGCGGCUUCAGGAACACAAUGAUCCCGUCAUGUGUAGCAAGGAUGUGGUUGAGGAGGCUUUGAAGAGGAAGAGUGGCGACAAUUUGGCAGUGGUGGUGGUCUGCUUCCAACCCCAACCACCGCCUAACUUGGUGGUGCCGAGAUCCAAAGUGCACCGGAGCUUUUCUGCGGAGGGUUUGAAGGAAUUGCAGAGCUUCUUGGAUAGCUUGGAAACUUGAGAUGGUGACAAAUGCUUAUUCUUCUUCUACCUGCUUUGUUAAAUCUAGGUUCCGUAGAUUUUUCAUUUUUGAUUUUGUUUUCUUUGCUCUGUUUUUGGAGAAAUUGCAUCCUGUACGUUAUAAGAUGUUUUCGAGAGCCAUUGUUCAAACUGUAACAUAUGCGGCGGUAGCAGCACAUUUUGUUGUUUUACUCGAAUCUGUUAUUUUAUUGACGACCUUGUUCUUUUUUGGAUCUUAAA